UGUUACAAUUAUUGUUAAUUUUUUAAUUUAUCGGCCGAACAAUUAGCUGAUAGCAUCACUAAUCAUCUAGAGAUAUUGUUUUAAUAGUCUUUCGAUUGUGUAAAAGUAACUUUUGUUUCGUUAAACUUAUUGUUGUUCACAUUUUGAUUGUGUUGACUUGUUGAUCCAUUUAAAUUGGUUAAUUAAUGAUGACUAACAUCAAAGUUAAUCAAAUCAAAGAGGGUAAAGCAUUAAUUGAAAGUUCAUCUGAUGUCUUUUACAAUCCAGUUCAAGAAUUUAAUCGUGAUUUAAGCUUAAUUGUUCUGGACACUUACCUGAAAAACAAACUCUGGGAAAAGGGUCACAAAAAGCCAGUUGAAAGUAACUUCAAGAUUUGUGAAGCUUUAAGUGCCACCGGAUUGCGGAGUAUAAGAUAUGCACUGGAAUUGGAGAAUCACAAUUGUAUUAGAAAAUUUAUUGCCAAUGAUCUGUCAACACGAGCAGUUGAACUGAUGAAUAAAAAUAUCAAAUCAAAUGGUUGUGAUAAACUAAUUGAGACAACAAACGAAGAUGCUUGUCUUUUACUCUACAAAUGUCGGCAACAUUCCGAAAGAUUUUUGGCCAUUGACAUCGAUCCGUACGGAAGUGGAGCUCCUUUUAUCGAUUCUUCCGUCCAAGCGCUGGCCGACGGUGGACUUUUAAUGAUCACAUGUACCGAUGUCGCGAUACUUUGUGGUAACGCAAGCGAAACUUGUUACGCCAAAUACGGUUCCAUGUCCCUGCGAUUGGAAUCUUGUCAUGAAAUGGCUUUAAGGAUUGUACUCAAUUCAAUCAACUCAUCGGCUUCACGUUAUGGCAAAUACAUUGUACCUUUACUGUCCGUUAGUGUUGAUUUUUACGUUCGGCUUUUCGUUCAAGUCUUUUAUGGACCUGGUCAAGCAAAGAUGAGUGCAAGUAAAACAGGAAUGGUUUUCAAUUGUAAUGGUUGUGAAUCGUUUACCACACAACGACUUGGUAAUGUUACCUUGAAGAAUCCUAAAUCAGAUAAUGUUGCCGUACGAUAUAAAUUUACACCCUGUACAGGACCACCGAUUGACGAAAGAUGUAAAUUCUGUGAUCAUCAUCAUAUAAUUGGUGGACCCAUUUGGUUGGACUCGAUUCAUGAUAAAUCAUUUAUAUCACUAGUCAAGAAUCGUUUAGAUGAAAUUGAAUCAGGAAACAUGAAAUUGAAAACCUUGAAAAGAAUUGUCGGUUUAAUUGAAGUGAUUAACGAAGAGUUAAUCGAUGUACCACUUUUCUAUUCCUGUGAUCAAAUUUGUCGCAUAAUCAAUUGUACUCCACCCAAAUCGGAACUACUUCGAUCAGCGCUUCUUAAUUCUGGUUAUCAAGUAUCAUCUUCCCAUGCACAUCGUUCAUCAUUUAAAACAAAUGCUCCCAAUCAAUUUAUUUGGGAUAUAUUUAAAUCGUGGGCAUUAACUUUUACCGUUGGCGGUGAGACCAUUAAAACAACCGAUAAGAUGAACGAUAAAAGUGUAACCAAGAAAAUUGUAUCUUCACCAAUUUUAUCAACAAUAUCAUUUACCCUUCAUCCCGAUGCUAAGCCUCCCUCACGAGAGAAAGGUCUCCUUCGAUAUCAGCCCAAUCCGUUACCAUUUUGGGGACCCAAAUGUCGACCUGGCGAGAACAAUUUAGAAGAUGAUAAAAGAAUCAAAAAUCAAGGGAAAAAGAAAAAGAAACUUGAAGAUAACGUAACUUUAACCAUGGAAAAUGAGCAACAACAACAACAACAAUUAACCGAACCACCAACAACUCAAUUAACUUAAUCUUCCACCACCUACAUGAUUAACCUUCAAUAAUUUAUAUCUUUAUGACAGAGUAACGAUAAUAACGAUGAUUUUGUUUUCUCAUUGUUAUUAAUUUGUGUUUAAAGUGUUCAUUUAAACCAUCUAAUUGUCACUUCA